AUCACAAUGGAGACGCAAGUGUACAGAAACCGAACCCGGACGUGUUCUGGUUAAGAAACCGGAUUUGAUAAUCGGCGAUGUGUCCGCCACUUGUAAUAGGAGAAUAACUCUUCUGGUGGUUCUCGGUCAAAAAAGGAUCGGAAGAAUCACAAAUUGAGAGAGUCAUCGAAACACUGGAAACCCUAUCAAUUCGAUUCUCGCUCUACUACUGCAAUCUCUUCGUCGAUCGCUGUUUUGGAGCUGGUUUCCUGUGCUCGAUGAUUCAAUUUCAGAUUGAUUGCUGAUUUUUGGGCUAUUCUUUGGAGUUUGAGUGAUGGAUUUGGCGGCUGGUUGCAAGGACAAAUUGACAUAUUUCCGAAUAAAAGAGCUCAAGGAUGUGCUCACUCAGUUAGGUCUCUCAAAGCAGGGAAAGAAGCAGGACCUUAUUGAACGCAUACUAGCAACUCUUUCUGAUGAACAAGUUUCCAAGAUGUGGCCAAAAAGGGGCACUGCUGGGAAGGAAGCAGUGGCGAAACUAGUUGAUGAUAUACACAGAAAAAUGCAGGUGUCUGGGGCCACUGAUUUAGCGUCAAAGAGUCAAGGUACUUCCGAUAGCAGCAAUGUGAAAGUAAAAGGGGAAGCGGAUGAUCCCUAUCAAUCAGAUACAAAAGUUCGAUGUCCUUGUGGAAGUUCAUUGGAAACAGAGUCUAUGAUUAAGUGUGAGGAUCCAAGAUGUCAUGUGUGGCAACACAUUGGUUGUGUCAUAAUUCCAGAAAAACCUAUGGAGGGUGGUGCACAAAUCCCUGACUUAUUUUAUUGCGAGAUCUGUCGACUCAGUCGAGCUGACCCUUUUUGGGUCCCAGUAGCACAUCCGUUAUAUCCUGUGAAGUUGGCUACAACAAAUAUUCCAACUGACGGUACAAACCCAGUGCAGUGUGUGGAGAAAACAUUUCAUUUAACGAGGGCAGACAAGGAUUUAUUGUCGAAACAAGAAUAUGAUGUUCAGGCUUGGUGUAUGCUCUUAAAUGAUAAAGUUUCUUUUAGGAUGCAUUGGCCGCAAUAUGCAGAUCUUCAGAUCAACGGUGUCCCUGUUCGUGGUACUAAUAGACCGGGCUCACAACUACUAGGUGCAAAUGGUCGUGAUGAUGGUCCUAUUAUAACACCAUGUACAAAAGAUGGUAUCAACAAGAUUUCUCUAACUGGAUGUGAUGCUCGCAUAUUCUGUUUAGGUGUCAGAAUUGUAAAACGGCGAACUGUUCAACAGAUCCUCAACUUGAUUCCUAAGGAGUCUGAUGGGGAGCGUUUUGAAGAUGCUCUUGCUCGUGUUGUUCGUUGUGUUGGUGGUGGAACUGCAGGAGAUGAUGCUGAUAGUGACAGUGAUGUGGAAGUUGUUGCAGAUUCUUUUACUGUGAAUCUGCGUUGUCCUAUGAGUGGCUCCAGAAUGAAGGUUGCAGGGAGGUUUAAACCUUGUGUUCAUAUGGGCUGUUUUGAUCUUGAAGUUUUUGUGGAGCUUAACCAGCGAUCUAGGAAGUGGCAGUGCCCCAUUUGUCUAAAGAAUUAUUCAUUGGAAUAUAUUAUCAUCGAUCCAUAUUUCAAUCGAAUCACAUCUAAGAUGAAGCAUUGUGGUGAAGAUGUGGCAGAGAUUGAGGUGAAGCCUGAUGGGUCUUGGCAUGCAAAGACGAGAAAUGAAAGUGAACAUAGGGAGCUCGGGGAGCUUACACAAUGGCACGCUCCUGACGGUUCGCUCUGUGUCUCUACUGGUGAACUUAAAACAAAAAUGGAAAUGUCAAAGCCGAUCAGACAAGAAGGUGUUUCAGAAGGUCAUAUUGGUUUGAAACUUGGAAUCAGGAAGAAUCGCAAUGGUAUUUGGGAAGUGAGCAAACCUGAAGAUAUGAAUGCAUCAUCUUCUGGUAAUAGAUUGCAUGAAAAUUUUCUAAACUACGAGCAGAAAGUUAUCCCAAUGAGUAGCAGUGCCACUGGAAGUGGUCGGGAUGGUGAAGAUCCAAGUGUAAAUCAGGAUGGCAGAGAGAAUAUUGAUUUUCCAACCAAUGGGAUUGAACUUGAUUCUUUACCUCUGAAUUUAGAUUCAGCCUAUGGAUUUACUGACAGGAACCCUUCUGCGGCAGCAGGAGAUGCGGAAGUUAUUGUUCUUAGUGAUUCUGACAAUGAAAAUGACAUAUUAAUAUCUUCUGGAGCAGUCUAUAAUAAUAAUCAAACUGAUGCUGGUGAGUCAAAUUUUUUGGUACCACCUCCAGGGAUUGCUGAUCCCUAUUCAGAAGAUUCUAGUCUUGGACCUGGUGCGAAUUCUUGUAUGGGUCUUUACAGUGUAACUGAUGAUGAAUUUGGGAUGGCACUCUGGCCUUUACCUCCUGGAACCCAAUCAGGCCCCAGGUUUCAGUUAUUUAGUUCAGAGGCAGAUGGCUUGGUUGAUUUGCAGCAUGGUUCUAUCAAUUGCCCCCCAUCAAUUAAUGGCUACAGUUUAGCACCAGGGACUACCUUGGGUUCUGCUCCUUUAGUCCCAGAUUAUUCUGUUGGUCGUACUGAUACAGGCAUGAAUGAUGGCUUGGUUGAUAAUCCCUUGGCAUUUGGGGGUGAUGAUCCAUCUCUUCAAAUUUUUCUCCCAACCAGGCCUUCAGAUGCUUCGCCACAGACUGAUUUGAGAGGUCAACCUGAUGUGUCAAAUGGUAUACGCACUGAUGAUUGGAUCUCGCUUAGACUUGGGGGUGGGACCUCUGGUGGUCACGGUGAGUCGCCUACUUUGAAUGGAGUGAAUUCAAGACAGCAAUUGCCAUCCAUAGAAGGUGCCAUGGAUUCUUUGGCUGAAACUGCGUCGCUGCUCCUUGGCAUGAAUGAUAGUAGAAAUGAGAAAGCAAGUCGGCAAAGGUCAGAUAGCCCUUUCUCAUUUCCUCGCCAAAAACGUUCAGUAAGGCAAAGGCUAUAUCUUUCCAUUGACUCGGAUUCUGAGUAGAGGAAAUAUAACAUAGUUUGGUGAGAACUGUUGCUCUCUUGAGUUUCUUUGGACAGAAGACAUCCGCUGGAGAUAUCCCCAGGUUUUUAUGUGGCAGUGAAAGGAAAUUGACCAAGAUUCAGGUCCUUGUGACUUUUGAAGUCUCCCAAUUAAGUGCAAGGCAUAAAUAGCAGAACCACAGAAAGGAUAUCCUUUUAAACGUGCAGAACUAAUUUUUCUUUUAAUUGGUGAGUUGCAGGGCUUCUGCAUCCUUUUCCAUUAUGCAGUGCCCCUAUCUAAGUGGUGUUUCUGACACCAUUGGUUUUAUCAGGUCCACAACAAGCACCUCCCCUCGCAAAAAUCUUCGAAGUUCUGCUGGUCUGGUGCUGGUAAAUUGUACAAUAGUUAUUUAAUUAUGAGAAUCACAGCAUUGGAAUUUAAAACUGAUGGUUUCUUUGGAUGUAGUAAGGCCCAAUUGAGUAGCGCACCAGUACCACGUCUUUAGAGAUCAGAAUAGCAUGUAUAGGUCAGAUGGAGAUAAUAUAUAGAGAAAUUGAUGAUAUUUUGCAGAUACAAGCUGAGGUAGACUUGUUUCGACCUUUUGUGGCUUCUUGUUCAAUUUGCAACAUGGUGGGAAGUCCUUUGGUAGAGUACAAGUCUGUCUAGCUGUCACUAAAAUAUGUUUAAAAACAGUAUUCCUUUGGAGGCCGGUUGGCAAGUGUAAAUCAGAUUGGUACAAUUUGGAACACAACAGAAUAUUUUAUUCUUGACAAGCAGGGUGAUGAAUCCAGCAACAGACCUCUUCCCUCUG